AUGAAUGUGUCAGGGAGAAGGCAAUCGAGAAAUCGUUCAAAAAGUUUCAAAGCUGGAGAAUGUCAGGGAAAUCAUACCACGAGGAGAAGAUCAAUCGCUGGAACUUUUAUAACGGAUCCCGCGUUAAAAUUACCACCGAGACCGAAAGCUAACAGUUUUGCACCUGAUGGAAAACGAGAUGAUGCGAAUGGAGUUUUUGAAAAAGAUGAAAAAUUUAAAGAACCCGAAGGUGACUACGAUCCGUAUCAAGAAAGAGUUGUAGAUCAUCCUACCACAAACACGGAAACGUUGUUGCAUCUGCUAAAAGGGUCUCUAGGUACGGGAAUAUUGGCCAUGCCAAACGCUUUUCAUAAUUCCGGAUGGGCUCUCGGUUUGGUUGGCACAAUAGUCAUCGGAAUCAUUUGCACUUUUUGCAUACAUUUACUAAUUAAAAGUGAAUAUGAACUGUGCAAAAGGCGUAGACUUCCAGCAUUGAAUUAUCCGGCAACAGCAGAAGCCGGAUUACAAGAAGGACCGGCAUUUUUCAACAAAGUUGCUCCGAUAUCAGGGCACGUCGUUAAUUUUUUCAUAUUAGCAUAUCAAUUGGGGAUAUGUUGCGUUUACGUCGUUUUCGUUGCUUCGAACGUCAAAGACGUUGUCGACGUCUACUGGUACAAAAUGGACGUCAGAAUUUACAUGGUCAUUUUUCUACUUCCUCUUAUUUUAAUUAAUUACGUUAGAAAUCUUAAAUAUCUGGCACCGUUUUCUGCCGUUUCAAAUAUAAUUACGUUCAUCGGUUUCGGUAUCACUUUGUAUUAUAUUUUUUCGGAGUUGCACGGUUUGGACGAAAGAGAAGCCAUCGGUGAAGUACAGAAUUGGCCAUUGUUUUUCGGUACCGUACUUUUUUCACUCGAAGCCAUCGGAGUGAUCAUGCCGUUGGAAAACGAAAUGAAAAGUCCAAAAUCAUUCGGAAAACCAUUUGGAGUUUUGAACGUUGCCAUGGGUCUCAUCAUCGUUCUCUAUGUCGGUAUGGGAUUUUUCGGAUAUUUAAGAUACGGUGAAAACGCUUUGGGAAGUAUAACUCUGAACAUACCUUCGGAAGAUCCAUUGGCUCAAGUUGUCAAGAUUACCAUGGCUUUUGCCAUAUUUAUAACUCACGCUCUUCAAAAUUACGUAGCCAUCGAUAUCAUAUGGAAUGGUUAUUUGGCGCCAUCAUUUGAAAAAAAUGCUCAUAAAUUGUAUUACGAAUUUGCCGUCAGGACUCUUUUGGUCUUGUUCACAUUCCUCCUCGGUGUUGCCAUCCCCAAUUUGGAAUUGUUCAUUUCCUUCAUCGGAGCUUUUUGUUUAGCCGCCCUAGGAAUAGCUUUUCCAGCUAUCAUAGAUCAAUCGACGUUUUGGUACCACAGAAAAGGAUGGGCUUUUGUAAAAAUGUCAUUUAGAAACAUAUGUCUCAUACUUUUUGGAAUAUUAGGACUCGUCAUCGGAACUUACGUAUCUAUAUCGAACAUCUACGAACAUUUUUCAGAUGGUUCGCUUUAG